UACACUUGGAACAAUGUGGUCAGGCAAGUACUGUUCUCAUGGCAACCGCCAAACCCAGACACAUCCAUCGGGUUGCCAGAUAGAGAAGCGUGAUUUGUUACUCCAGAGAACACAUCUCCACUGCUCUGGAGUCCUGUGGCAGCGUGCUUUACAGCACUGCAUCCAAAGCUUUGUAUUGCACUUGGUGAUGUCUUUAGCAAUUGACCGUAGAAUAUUUAGUAGCAAGGAAAUUUCAUGGAUGGACUUAUUGCACAGGUGGCAACCUUUCAAGGUACCACACUUGAAGUCACUGAGCUCCUAGAGCGACCCAUUCUUUCACAAAAAGUUUUGUAGCAGCAAUCUGUAUGCCUAG